AUGCAUUUCUUAACACCCUUUACAAUUCUCUUGACUGCUGCGUACACUACUACAUCUGCUCUUAAAGCUCCAGUCAACCCGGCGGGAAGAAAAGAAACAAAACAUGGCGACGAUUGGGCUUCCUGCCCUCCCGUGUGGGACGAAAUCUCGGCCACCCUGACCAGAGAAUACCUGGCAAACGGGCAGUGUACCGACGCCGCUCGUGGUGCAAUACGUGCAGCUUUCCACGACUGUUUCAACGGCGCCUGCGAUGGUUCACUGAUCCUAGCGGAUGAGUGCUCGAGAUCGGAAAACAGGGGCCUCCCCCGAGUUUGCGGCAGUCUUGCAGAGCUGGCGAAAGAAAAGAAAGUCGGAGUUGCAGACCUGAUCCAGUUUGCAGCAGCCCACGCCAUUAAAACCUGCGGCGGCCCUACCGUGCCCGUCAAGAUCGGUCGCAAGGAUUCGCAUAAAGCUAGCCCAGUGGGCCAAAUUCCACCGCACAAUACCACCGCCAAGUCCCUCAUGAACCAUUUUGCCGCCAAAGGCUUUUCCGUUACAGACCUUGUGGCUCUGGUGGGAGCCCAUAGCACUGCCAAGCAGUUCGCAACUGAUCCCGCUGCUGCUGGAGCUUCGCUGGAUUCUACGCCUGGGCAGUGGAAUAAUGAGUACUACGCUGAGGUCAAGAGGGGCACUGCGCCCUUUAUCCUGGAAGCGGACAAGUCACUUGCAGAGGAUCUGCUGAGCGGCGUACCGUUCAGUCUGUUUGCAGUCAGUCAAUCUGCAUGGGCGGCAGCGUUUGUGCCUGCCAUGGCGAAGCUGAGUAUGCUGGGGGUAGGGGGUGAUUUGACAGAUUGUACGAGUGCGUUGCCCGGAGGGAGCUACGGCAGGGAGAUAAGAAAGACGUCAGUUUGGGAGAGGUUGAGGUGGUAA